UUAAUUUUAUAAGUACCUAAUUUCUCAUUAUUUUUUUUCUUUUAUAAUGGCGUUAAAUACACAUAAUAUGUAUGUGUCCUGUAUUAAAGUAUUUGGCGUUCCAAUCGUUCCGCCACUCAUGACAGCUGAAAAAAGACAAGAAAUGAAAGAAUACAAAGAAAAGGCUUUGGCUUAUGAACAAAAACUCAAGGGGAAAAGAAUAAGUUUGGAUAGCGGUGUAAUGACUGGUAGUACUGAAAUGCAAAAACUUGAGAACUAUGAAUCACCUACCAACGUUAUAAAAGAACUGAUUUGUAGUGAUAUGAAUAGUUCUGACAUAAUUACAAUUCAGAAUACAAUAAAAACUGAUAGUUCUAUUUCUCCAGAAACACCAACAUUGAUAUUUGAAAAAGAGCAUAACUCAGUUGAAAGUUCUUCUGAUAAAGAGUCAAUAAAUAUAAAGUCUGAAAAUACAAGUUUAGUUGAAACUUUGUGUGAUACUUCUAUUACAAAACCAGAAUUAGAGCAUAAAUCAACUGUGACUAAUUCAACUAUUUACAAUGAUGAUAAUUUAAAUAAUAGUUCUGAUAAUAAGUCAAUUAGUAUAAAGUCUGCAAAUAUUAGCUUAGUUGUUACACCAGUUCCAAAAAAUAAAUCAACCUUUUUAAAUAUAACUAAUUUAAGUAUUCCUGAUGAUGGAAGUAAUACAACAGCAGAACAAAUACCGCGUUUAAGAAGUAAUUCAUAUACUUUAUCUUCACCAAGUCCUGUAAUGGUAGCAUUUUUAAAUAGCCAAGUUCAACAACAAUUAAUAGAACCAAAAAAUAUAAAAAAUAAUAUUGAUUCUACUAAAGAAAGUAAAUCUGAGCCAGUUUUUACAAGCAAUGAAUAUAAUAAGAAAGUAUUAAAAACUAAAAGUAUUUCACUUCAUUCUAUCACUAAACCACUUCAGAACCAACAAUUAGUGGAUAAUUUUGUUAAACAUAAGCAACUAAAUUUAAUCGAUAAACAAACAGACAAUGAUAUUUCAUCUGUUCAGAAACAAGAUGAUACAAAAAUUGAAGGAAAUAUUGUUUCAAUUUCUGAUGGUUAUAUAAAUCACAAUAGUGUAAGUGAAAGUCCAUGUAAAUCCAUGAAACACUGUUGUUGCAGCCAUAGUGAUGAUGAAUAUUCUUUAAGCAGUCUACAUUACAAAACAACUGAAGAAUUAAAUUUAGAGGCUGAGCAUUUACGAAGAGCAAAAUUAGAGAUAGAAAGGAGGCAUCAAGAAGAAUUGGCCAAUUUAAUAAAAAAACAAAGGGAAGAGCAAGAACAAAUUGCUGUUAGAUACUAUUUAGUAAUGCAAAGUACUUCGGAAACAUCUAUGGAUGAUUCUCAUUAUUCAAAUUCUUUUUCAAAGCAAUUAAAAACUUGUUCGUCAAUUCAGUCUGAAAUGACUGUCACUAAUGAUAAAAGCUUAUUGUCUGAUACUUCAUCAAUUAUUUCUAAUUGUUCGAUUAAUACAAAUGUAGCUUGUUCAUCUCCUAGACAAAAAACACUAAGUCGCUCCUCUCCAAAUUUGCAGCAAAAUAUUAAAUUCUAUCACAGAAUGCGUGGUGGUUUAGUAAAAUGGACCAAAGCUCCUACUGAAGUAGAAAACUCUGCAGCAACUAUUAUAAACGCUGGUGUUAGAGGUUAUCUGACCAGACGAUUACUACGAACUGAAAAAGCUCAAAUGUUAAAAAAGACUAUUUUAGAUUCAUUGAAAACAGCCCUUUUAAUGCAUAGAGAAUUGAAGAAACAACAGCCUACUGAAUCUGAUCUUGAACUUCAUCGAAGAAUCAUUAAUCAGCUUACUACAGCUUGUUAUGACUUGAAUGAUUUAAUUUUGGGAUCUGUACAUGAACAAAUGACUAUUAUCAGAAAUGAUCGUGAACGAUUAAAAGCUGUAAAAAUGCGAAAGAAAUCAAGUUCAACUUUGGUCAAAAAGUCAACCUCAACAUUAAAACAGCCUAAGAAAUCUGCAUCAAGUUAUUCACUAUCAAGAAAAGAAUCAAGUAAUUAUUCUGAUAAAAGUUCCUAUAAGAGAUAAUAAUAUUAUAUAAGUAAA